CUCUCAAUAUAAUUUCUGCUGAAUGUGAGCCAUUGGCCAUAUUAAAUACAAUAUCCGUUCAGUAGGUCAGAAACUUUCGAUCAGAGAGAAGUGGAUUAAUUUUUAGCCAUGUUGUCUUGUCGAGUAGUUAGUUUUGUAUUUCUGUUAUUCUGUGUCUUCGAUGUAUUUUCGCAUGACGACGUAAAUAGUUUGGAAGAUAAAAGUGCUAUAUGGCCUUCAAAUGAUAGCCAAUUGAUAUUUGCGCAUGUUAUCUAUCGUCAUGGUCAUCGAAAUACACUUGAUUAUUCAGACAUUUAUCCAAACGACCCAUAUAUUAAUGAAACUCAUUGGCCUGGUGGAUUUGGAGCACUCACAAAUGAAGGUAAAAGACAACAAUUUAAAUUGGGACAAUAUUUCCGAAGAAGAUAUCACAAACUUCUUGGUGAUAAAUAUUCACCAAAAAAAGUGUUUGUACGUUCCACUGACAAAGAUCGCACUUUGAUGUCGGCACUUGCUAAUUUAGCAGGUUUAUUUCCACCACACGCUGAAGAGAAAUGGCAUGAGGAUAUUGCAUGGCAACCGAUUCCAGUUCACACAAUACCUCUGAAUUUGGACUAUGUGUUGCGUGGGAGUAGUAAUUGUCCAAGAUAUUCUGCCGCUCUCAAGAAAUACGAAAGUGAGUCACCAGAAGUGCUGCGUAUUUUUGAAGAAAAUAAAGAAAAUAUCUUAUACUGGUCGAAAAUGUGCGGAUCGAAUUUGACGACCAUUGAUGAUCUUUACUGUUUAUAUGACGUACUACUUGUCCAAAGUUUCCAUAAUAAAACACUUCCCGAUUGGGCACGAAAAGCAAUCGAACCAAAUGGUGCUUUAGAGUCAAUUAAUGAUUUUAGCUUUAAGAUGUUGACGAUUACAAAAGAGUUGGCUCGACUACGAUCUGGAUUUUUGAUUAAAGAAAUGUUCCAACGAUUCGCUAAAAAGAUAAACUCAACUUUGGAGCCAAAUUGUUCAUUGUGGUUCUACUCUGGUCACGAUGGGACAGUUGCUAGUCUUCUGGAUAGCCUUGGAGUUUUUGAGGCACAUUUACCACCAUUUGCAUCGAGUGUACAUUUGGAAUUAUACAAAGUUGGCGAAGAAGAGCAUUACAUUCAAAUCUUCUAUAGAAAAUCUGAGGAAGAAAUCCUUUUGCCAUUGAAUAUACCGAAUUGCGGGGAAAAGUGUUCGCUGAAUCAAUUAUAUAAUUUGUAUAAUGAUAUUAUACCUGAUCAUGAUCAUGACACUGAAUGCCGUCUUACCAACUAAAUACGGCUGAAAAUGUUCAAUGAAAUUAUUUUGAUAAAGUAUUUCGAAAUGAUCCUAUAAUUAUAAUUCAAACCAUCGAUGAAUGCUCCAAAAAAAAUUCUAAACAUUAGAAACAUAAGCGGAACUUUUAAAGAUUUUUUCGAGACUCUCUCAUUGAUGGUAGUACUUUUUGAUCAGCGAUUAACAAUGUUAUAUUUUAUGUUCACAACUGAUAGCACAGUUUUUCUAAAUCUCAUUUUUUACGACUUGUUACCAUGUUGAGAAUCAAAUAAACGCAAAUAAAAAUUCUUA